UUCAAUUCUGCGAGCAUUUUAGUUGAACAAGUGAGAAUUAUCUUUAUUUAAGUAUUAGCUAGGUAAUAACAAAUUGAAGAUGAAAAUUUCUAUAUUAUUAAACCUUAUACCCCAGAGGUACGUUUUAGGACUUAUGGGAUUCUUUGCCACAUUUACCAAUUACACCAUCAUGGUGGUACUGAAUAUUGCGAUAACACAGAUGGUACCGUCACUACAGACUCAAGGUGAUCCUAAUACAUGUGCUACAAUAAAAGUGAACAAUACCCUUCUGGGUCAGUUAGAACAUAAAAAAGAAACAUACGAUUGGAACGAAAGUACCAAAGGUAUCAUUCUCAGCGCUUACUUUUGGGGUUACAUAUUUACCCACAUACCAGGAGGAAUGCUAGCAGAACGAUUUGGAGGAAAGCAUACUCUUCUAUUUGGAAUUUUAGUGGCUUCAAUAAUCACAUUUAUCACCCCUUGGUUGACUGUUACAUCCAAUGGAGACUGGAGAGUUGUGACAGCUUUGAGAUUUUUGAUUGGAUUUUCACAGGGUCCAAGCCAUCCGGCAAUUAAUUCACUUCUGUCAAAAUGGGUACCAUUGUCAGAAAGAGCAAAAUUAGGGACUUUGGUGUUUUCUGGAUCUUUAAUUGGAACAAUAAUAACCAAUGUAGUCAGUGGUGCUUUAAUGAAAGCAACAGGGAACUGGAGCUCUUGUUUUUACUUCUUUGGUACCGCACGGGUGAUAUGGUGUAUUUUAUGGCAACUUCUGUGCUAUUCACAACCAAGCACGCAUCCAUUUAUAACUGAAAAAGAACUCGAAUAUUUAAAAACCAAAAUAGAUUCAGUCUCAAAAAAGAGACAACCUACUCCAUGGAAGGCUAUCUGGACCUCUCCACCCAUAUGGGCCUUGGUGGCAGCACAAUUAGGCCACGACUGGGGAUUUUUCACGUUGCUCACUGAUCUACCUACUUACAUGAGUGACGUCUUAAAAUUCAGUAUUGUGGAUAACGGAAUCUGGAAUUCGAUUCCCUAUCUGGUAAUGUGGAUCUGUUCAAUGUUCUCAGGAUGGUUGUGUGACUUUCUUAUUACUAGGAAAUACCUGAAAAUCACAUUCGCGAGGAAAUUGUUUACUAUAAUCUCUUCUAUGGGGCCAUCAGUAUUUUCAAUGGCUGCCUCCUACUCUGGAUGUGACAAAAAUCUAACUGUUACCAUGUUUACGUUAGCCAUGGCUUUCAAAGCACCCUUUUAUUGUGGUUUUAAAGUAAACGCCUUAGAUCUUGCGCCAAACUAUGCAGGAAUUGUUAUGGCAGUUGUCAACGGCAUGGGAGCUAUAGCAGGAGGAAUAGCACCGUUUUUAGCAGGGGCUCUCACAGAAAAUCAUACAUUAUUGGAAUGGAGAAUUGUAUUUUGGAUGACGUUUGGCUGUUAUACCAUUACAACAAUUAUCUAUUGUAUAUGGGGUACUGCUGAAAUACAACCAUGGAAUGAUCCUGAAAAAUAUGAGAUGAUGAAGAAAUAUUCAAAUACCAGUUCCGAUGUGGCAAUUGAUAUUAAGUCAACAGAAAAAACAGAAAAAUUGUAAACAUAUAGAUGGAUUCAUAUUUUAAAAGUAUUUCCAAAUUUUUGUUUUUUACAUAAGUUCAAGAUUAUCGCUUGUGCUAUUAGUCUAAGAUACGACAAUGUAAGGUUAAUUUGCACCGAUCUGUUUAAUGGAUAAAAAUUAUUGGAUAUGUAAUUUAGCAUGUUAACAAUUACAAAAAACUAGGGUUGCCCGAUCUAAUCUUGUUCUAACUAUAAUUAAUUACUUAAUAAUUAAAAAAUGACAUUUUUUAUACAUUUAAAAAAUAAUUUUCGACCCUGGCGGAUAUUAUUUCAGAUUUUUUAGGUCAUUCUAAACAAAAAAGGUCUUUUGUAAGUUUUCUCUAAAGUUGAUCGUUUUCAAGUUAUAAACAAUUUAAAACUGAAAAAAGAACGAAAGAUGACAAUUUUCAAGGCUCAAAAACAUAAGUAUAAAAUAAUAUUUUUGAAAUUACGAAGUUUCUAAAUUCAAGUUCAAACCUUAUUAUAUCAGUUCUUGAUAAGUCUUUUGGACUUAUUCCAUUCUGAAACAUUGUUUUUAUAUGUUAAUGCCCGUCUCGCCAUAAGAAUCCUUCCUCAUUAACAAUUAAAAAAUAUGUUUUAGAAUAAAAAUGGCUAAAAUUCUUAUCAAAACCUGAUAGAAAAAGGUUUGAACUUGAAUUUAUAUAGGUACUUGAUGAUUAAUGUAUGAUAUUUUUUACUUGUGUUUUUGAGCCUUAAAAACUGUCAUCAUUCGUUCUUUUUUCAGUUUUAAAUUGUUUAUAACUCGAAAACGAUCAACUUCAGAGAAAAAUUACAAAAGAUCUUUUUUGUUUAGAAUGAUCCAAAAAAUUUGAAAUAAUAUCUGCCCGGGUCAAAUUUUUUUUAAUUAAUAAAAAAACGACAUUUUUUAAUUAAUAAUUAAUUAUAGUUAGAACAAGAUUAGAUCGGGCAGCCCUUGUUUUUUGUAAUUGCUAACAUGCUAAAUUACAUAUCCAAUAAUUUUUACCCAUUAAACAGAUCGGUGCAAAUCGACCUUAUAUCUGAUCCUCUACUAUAUAAUUCAAAAAUGUUUUAUGAAGAAAUUGUUUUAAAUAAUGAAUGGGUUGCAUGUGUGAGUCCAUACUAUUGUAGUAAAGAAAAGACAGGCGUUCUUACAAACAAUUUAUUUUACAACUGACGACCGGUUUCGCUGCCUAUACUUUGCACAGCAUCUUCAGGUCCCGGUUAAAGUAAAAUUAAAUAUUUCCGGUAUAAGGAAUGAAUACAGUAGUAGUCAAUAUCAUACUUUUUUUCUGCACUUUGCUAAAAGGAGAGUUGGUAGAGGGAUGGAUUUGACUGUAAUAAAUUAACAAAUAGUACAUUCUUUCAAGGUUUUGGCUGUGAAUUUUAAAGAACCGCUUGGAUUGACAUGAAAUUUGGCAUACGCAUAGCUAACAUGUCAAAGAAAAAAAGUGAUAUGGUGGAGAUGUGUGCUUUUGCCCUGGGGGUGAGUUUCACCCAAUCUCGGGGGUGAAAAAAUAUAUGUCCAAGGCAAGUCCCGAAAUGGAUAAACUGACUAAUUUUAAGCAACUUCUGUUCUAUAGAGUUUUUUCACCAAAUCAAUACUUUUUGAGUUAUUUGCAAGUGAAUAUGUUCAUUUUUCAUCAAAAUAACCACGUUUUUGACGGUUCUUCGCAAAUAACUCAAAACGUAAGCAUUUUGUCGAAAAAAAUAUUCUUAUCAAAACUAUAGCCUAUAAAAAAGUGACAAAAACGGUGUAUAUAUUAGGUCUCUAUACAUAGCAAAAGCAGAGUUAUAGCUAAUGAAAAAUGGGUUCAUAUUCGAAAAAUUCCAAAUAGAAUAAUUCAAUGUGAAAUAUCCAAAUAAUGAAGCAUUCUUGGGGAAAACACAUUACAACUUUUUUAAAGUGUUUAAAAAAAGAUUUAUUUCUGUUUAAAAAAAGAAUUAGCAUCAAAUGUAAGCAAGUUGCGAUCAAAAUAAAGUUGGUCCCUUUUGUUUUGGCAAAAAAGAAUCAGGAAGAUCACCCCCCAAUUAGCAACUUAAAUAAAAUUAAUCGUUACCGCUUCACAAGUUACUUAACUUAUGUUGUGUUUAUAUGAUCUGUAAGUAUAAUCGAUUCAAAGUGCUUAUCUUGAAAAAAUUUGGUAUGAAAAUAAAAUUUUUAAAAAUUUUAAUUUUGAAAAAAAUGCUUUUUUCAUUUUGAAAUGCUAAGUUCAUUUGAAAUGCUAAUUAGGGGGUGAUUUUUCCGAUUUCUUACCAAAAAAGGGACCAACUUUAUUUUGAGCGUAACUUGUUUACUUUUGAUGCUAAAAAAUUUUUUAAAAAACAAAAAUAAGAAUUCUUUAAACACUUUAAAAAAGUUAAAACGAGUUUUCCCCAAAAAAGUGCUUCGUUUUUUGGUUAUGGCACGUUAAAAUAUUCGAUUUGGAAUUUGACGAAUAUGAACCUAUUUUUCAUUAGCUAUGCUAUAACUCUGCUUCUGCUAGGUAUAGUGACCUAAUAUAUACACCAUGUUUUUCACAUUUUUACGUGCUAUAUUUUUAAUAAGAAUUUUUUUCCGACCAAAUUCUAACUUUUUGAGUUAUUUGCGAAAAAUCGUCUGAAAACGUGGUGAUUUGGUAGAAAAAUUAACAUAUUCACUCGCAAAUAACUCGAAAACUAUUAACUUGGUGAAAAACUUUAUGGAACAAAAGUUGCUUGAAAUUAGUCAUUUUAUCCAUUUCCGGACUUAUUUCGAACAUAUAUUUAUCACCCCCAAAAGGGGGUGAAACUCACCCCUAGGGCAAAAGCACACAUCGGCACAAUAUCACUUUUUUUCUUUGACUUGUUAGCUAUGUGUAUGCCAAAUUUCAUGUCAAUUCAAGUGGUUCUUUAAAAUAUAGAGGUUUUGCAAUAUUUCACCUUUAAAGAACGUACUAAAAAUAUUGGCAAACUCUUGAGAGGAGUACGGUUCACAGCCGGAUUUAAGGCAGUGAGGGCCCCUGGGCAGAAUUGGUGUGGGGCCCUACCUCCUACCAAUAGACAAAUUGUUGUUAUGACUAUGGUAUGGGUAAAGUCCGGGUACUGUUCGAGAGUUUUUAACUGAAAAUUUCUUGAUUAUGUCGGGCAUGUCUAGUUGCGGGCAUUGUGUUCAAUGCUCAUUAUAAAGAGAUGGUUCAAACGCUCUUGACCUACAUAGAUCGAAGUCGAUUUUUAAUUAACUUAAAUUUUUAGAAUGAUCUCUCUCCACUGCAGUUAGUUACCAUCAUAACUAAAUAUAAACGAAGUGUCACUACAACGUUUGGAACCGCAUCAUUCACAUUUUUCUCUUUUAACUGUCGGUACAUUUGAAGUUCUUUACUUAUAUUUGAUGAGCCGAUUUCCUCUUUAAAUGAAUUGAAAAAUUCUACAAAUCGUACUAGUUCGACACCUAGUUUUUCAUCUAAAUCAUUGCUAUAAUUGUCGGUAAACUUCAGUGAGUGAGCUUCAAUUUCAUUGGGAGUUAAAUUUUCCAAAUAAUGUAAAAAUCCAAAAUUGGAAUGAAUGGAUUUCCGAAAUGAAUGGCCGAAAGCCUAUAUGACUUGAAGAGGAAAUGAAGUGAUCUAUAACAGCUAUAAAAUUUUGAGUCCUAAAUUUCUCUGAUGUUGUCAUUUCAGGCUCUGAAAUAUUCCUUAAAAGAAUAUAAAUUUUUUAAUUGAUUUAAGUGCCGCCUUUAAUUCCUUUUUUAGGAACAAUAAUAUUUCUGCCACGGUCGGCCGGCGUUGCUCUCGCUUAAAUACGUUUUUCAACAUUCGAUUAACAAGUUGUAUCUAUAUGUAGAGAAAGUGAAAAAUACAUAGGGUUCAUACAGUCCUUCCAAGAAAUCAAAGAAUUCUAUAGCAGCAGGACAACACUUAGCUGCAGCUUUAAUAACUAAAUUUAGAGAGUGGGCGACAAGAUAUUAUGUUAUCUAAAUUUUAGCUGAACACCAUUGUAUCUUCCACUCAUAACUGACGCAUUGUCGUAGGACUGUCCCCUGGAUUUUUUCAAAUCGAUAUCAUCUUCUUGCAAGAAUAUCAUUAAAAAAUUAAAUACAUAUAUCUUUUGCUUUAUGACCGUAAUUUGCCAAAAAUACAUUUUUAAUAGGAGAGAAACCUUCCAUAUUACAGUUAAUUGAUUGACAAAAAUUAUUCUAUGUGAAUAAUGUGCUGAUUUUUUUAAGUUUGGAACUUUGUGGGGCCCUCGGAAUGUGAGGGCCCCGGGCAGCUGCCCUGCCCCCCUUAAAUCCGGCCCUGGUAUGGUGGAACUAGUAAGAAAAUACGACAUUAAACCGAGAAAAAAGAAAAUUGUUAGUUAUAUAUAAUUUGAUGUUAUUUUUAUUAAUUGUAUAGAUUUUAUUUAUAUAGGGUUAUUAAAUGUUGUUCAGGAUGUUCAAGAACUUAUAGAUGUAAAAAUUGGGUGUGCAAUUUUUAGACAAGAUUGGUCGGGUAUGCAAUAGUUGUGAUCUGAUUGUGAAAAAAUUGAAAUUGAACAAAUGAAUUUUUUCUUCCACCCUCACUCCCCUCAAGAUCCUGACAAUAUUUUGUUAAUUUAUUACAGUGAAAUCUAUCCCUCUACCAACCCUUCUUUUAGCAAAGUGAACAGAAAAGGUAUGAUAUUGACUACUACUAUAUUCAUUCCAUAUACCGGAAACAUUUAAUUUUACUUUAACCGGAACCUGAAGAUGCUGUGCAAAGUAUAGACAGCGAAACCGGUCGUCAGUUGUAAAAUAAAUAAUUAAAAAUGUAUAAACAUUCUCAAUUUCUUUUCAACACGAAAAUGCAGCAGCUGCAUAAUACUAUGGUCAAAUCUGAGAGUGCAGGAAGAGUCUACACCGGUUUCGGGGGUUGUUUCCCCCUCAUCAGUAGUCCCAUAUCCUCCUCUCUCAGAUUCUUCCACGUACCACACUUUGGGCCUUUCCGAAUUGCAAAGAAAGAAACGUCACGGAUGAACUAGGGCCAUCUACCGAAAAACAAAGUAAGUUAUCAAUCGAAGUAGCACAGAAAACGACAAUAAAUAUCGUCUCCAUACCACCAUAUUGAUUAAUAAAUAAUUUUUUGUAAGAACGUCUCUCUUUUCUUUACUACAUAUUGUUUUAAACAUAUUUAAUUUAUAAUUUUACCUUAUUUAGCUUGUAAUUUAAACUUUUUGUAAUGAUGCAAUGUGGAUUUAUUAUUUUUUUAUAUUGAUUUAAAAUUUUUAUUAAUAAAAUCAUUCAAAUAUAACAGAA